AAGGAUUAAGCCGAAGAAGAUUUGGCGGGAAACAGAAAUCCUACAAAGCUGCUACUGCAGCAGCAUAGAGUAAGAACAUAACCGUUCCGCAUUCUGAUCUCCAUCUUCAUUCUUCACAGCCUCAACUCACGAGUCACGAUGGUGGGCCCACAGUACGAUCUCCUCGCCAACCCACUCGGUGCGGUCAGAUCCACCUUCGACGCCGCUAUAGCCACCGGUUCCGAUCCCACUUCUUUAAACAACCGCGACUGGGGCGUCAUCGAUCUCUUCCGCAACCUUCUCUCCGACCAAUCACAUCUCUCUCAGGUUCCGCUUCUCACCCCAGCCACUGUCAGAUACGUGAAACCCUAUACUCUUGUUCGGUUUCGUGGUAUGAUUCAGGAUAUGCUUGGAAAUGAAUUUUAUGUUGGCGCUUUUAAGGAUGGUUCGGUGUGGAGGACCAAUAAAUUUACGGAUUUUUGUCAACAUUCAAUUCCUGUCGGUUGCUCUGCUGAUACGCCGAUCUGGGAACGGAGAUUGCUUUACUGUGUUCCGGUUCCGGGACUGAAUUCAUGGGCAGAACCUUCAGCAGAAGCAGUUGGCAAUCCAUCUAUGGAUUGGACAUCUGAGCAAAGAGAAAAGAGGAGGAGAGGAGAUGAAGAGUCUCCUUCUAACAUGCCUGUUGAGGGUGACGAGGUUGAGGGUUCUCCUAAUACUAAAAGAAUGAGAGAAGGUGAAUGCACUUCCCCUGCCUCUCAGUCUCACGGAGCUGUACCUGAGAUCGCUGGCUCUAGUAUGAGUUUAUUGCCUGGUCUCAAUGGCAACUCAUCUAGUUGUAUUGUAAAGGUAUAUGACACACCAGAGUCUGAACUGAAGCUGAAUGACAUUUUUGAGUUUGUGGGUAUCCUUACAUCUGAUCCAGAGCUUCAGGAGGACAACGAAGAUAGUGAUUUAUCAAAUGGAUUUGGUGAAGAUCCCUUGCAUCAUUUCCCAGCUGACAAGGUACCACGCCUUCAUUGUUUUAUUCACAGAAAACUUUCGGUUCAGGACUUCCUUCAGAAUAAGCCUAUUAUAGAGCCAAAACCUGACUUGGUCAAAGGCAUCAGGGAGUCUCUCUUAAGACAUCUCUCAGCUGUUCUAGGCAAUGAUGAGGUAGCUGCUCAUUUCAUGUUGCUGCAUCUCCUAUCCAAGGUGGAAGCCAGGGUAGAUGCUCUUGCUGUGGGAAAGUUUUCAGUAAAUUUUACUUGUUUUAGCAAAGAAACUGCAUCUAUCGGAAAACAACUAAACCAUGCUGUCAAGAACCUUGUGCCUUUCACACAUUGCAUGCCCCUUACAGUGCAAUACUUGAACACUGCUUCUCUUGCACCAAAAAAGAAUUAUGAUACAAAUAGAUUAGAAACUGGUGUCUUGCAACUAGCUGAAGGUUCACAUUUAAUUGUUGAUGAGACACAAUUAAAAGCUGGAACUCUCAAUUCUGUGGGUGUAGAGAAUGCAAGGUUGCUGAAAAAUGUAAUGGAGUUGCAAAAGGUGGAAUAUGAUUUCAAGUACUAUAAAAUGGAGAUGGCAACCGAUGUCCAACUGUUAGUUUUGUCUGAGGGGAAAUCAAAUAUCUUACCAGCUGAUGUAAUUGUACCUAUCCGGCCUUCUGCAACCAUUUGCUUGGAAGCUGUGGCAGCAGAAGCUUUGGAAGCUUGGAGGUGGUAUUUAGCUACUGUUCGACAACUGCCACACUCUUUUGAAUCAGAAACUCAGCAGGUGGUAGAAAGUGAUUUAGUUGCCGCAAUACAAGCAGACAGGAGUUUGAAUACCCAAGAUUUAAGCAGAUUGGUAACAAUGGGUCGCCUCAUGUGUUUAAGCUUUGGUGAGACCACCCUGUCACUAGAACAUUGGCAAAUGACCAAGGAAUUGGAGAGACUCCGCAGAGAGAGGUUAAAUUGAAAUACUGAUUGGAAUUAACACAAGGUCACUGCCACCGCCUUAAUUUCUGAAUGCCAGUCUUAUUACCCAGCAUAUUGAACUUAUGAAUGAAUGUUUAGAAAGAAUCUAGUAGUCGGUUCCAUAAGUUAAAAUGUGGUAAAAGCAAUAUGAUGCCAUUUCAUAUAGUCAUGAAAAAUGUAUUUCUGGUUUUCUUGCCAUUAAGGCUAAGUGACAGUCCUUUCCUACAUGUCAUCAUUAGGCAAAUAAGCAAUAUAUAUUCUAUGUCCGCAUGAAGCUAUCUAGGUUUUAGAGGUAAACCUCUACUUUGUUAAAAAAAUUAUGAAUAAUGCUAGCAAAAUCUAACACA